AUGGCCUUCCUAAUGAAAAGCAUGCUGAGCAACCAGGUGAAGAAUUUGGGGCUUGGAGGUGGAGGAGAAGAAAGCAAAGAAGAAAGCACUCCUUCCGACCCAGCAGCUGCUGCAGGAAUGACCAGAGAGGAGUAUGAGGAGUACCAAAAGCAAAUGGUUGAGGAGAAGAUGGAAAGAGAUGCAGCAUUUGCACAAAAGAAGGCGGAAAGAGCCUGUCUGAGGGUUCACCUGAGAGAGAAGUACCGACUCCCCAAGAGCGAACUGGAUGAGAACCAAAUACAGAUGGCUGGAGAUGACGUGGGUUUGCCAGAAGACCUCCAGAAAAUGGUGGCAGAGGAUCAGAUAGAGGAAGAGGACAAGGACUCAAUCCUGGGACAGUUGCAGAACAUUCAGAAUAUGGACAUGGACGCGAUCAAGGAAAAGGCACAAGCCACCUUCACCGAAAUCAAACAGGCUGCUGAGCAGAAAUGUUCUGUGAUGUAG